CUCGAGUACUCAAAACAUAUUUCAUGUUGUCGUUAUACUUUUUGUAAUUAUAUUUUACUCCUAUAUAGACAACAGAUCUGUGUGCGCGCGCGUGGUGUGUUGGUUCUCAAUUCUUAUCAGUCUUCGAAAUUGAAGCUCUCCAGAGCCCUUCCAUAAAUUCCUUCAGAAAUCAGAAGCAAAAAGCCCUAAUCUUGCGUGUCGCUGCUAAUGUCUUCAUCAAACGCCGAAGAUUCCGAGUCGCUAAUCCAACCAAACGAAUCACAACCUCCUCCUGCUGCUGCAAAUGGUGCAGAUCAAGCACCACACGAAUCUAAAGACAACGGAAUUCAAUCAAAUCAUGACGUAGUCGACACAACCGAUGCAGAUUCCAAGCUCAACCAACGAAAAUUAGACGACAACGAAUCGAUCCAAUCGCAAAAAGUUACUACUACUACUGAUCCCAAGCCUGAUGACCAAUCCAAUGACGCCGCCGCGGUUGAACAAGAACCAGAAGAAGCUAAGCAGCAGGCCGACCUCCGGAAAGACGACGGAGGGAGCCGAACCUUCACCAUGAGAGAAUUGUUGAAUGAAUUGAAGAAUGGAGAAGGGAACGGGAAUGGGAAUGAAGAUUCCGAAUCCGAAAGACGCGAAGCCAGCUCUCCCUACAGCUACAGUCAAGAAACUGCACAACAGCAAAUAGACCAGAACAAUGCUGCCAUGGACUUGAUCAACAGUGUCACAGGUGCUGAUGAGGAGGGUCGGUCUCGCCAACGGAUUCUUACGUUUGCUGCCAGGAGGUAUGCAAGUGCUAUAGAGAGAAAUCCAGAAGAUUAUGAUGCACUUUACAAUUGGGCACUGGUUCUUCAGGAAAGUGCAGAUAAUGUUAAUCCGGAUUCUGGUUCAGCUUCUAAAGAUGCUUUGCUUGAAGAGGCAUGCAAAAAGUACGAUGAGGCCACCCGUCUUUGCCCCACACUUCAUGAUGCUUAUUAUAAUUGGGCUAUAGCAAUAUCUGAUCGGGCAAAAAUGCGUGGUCGGACAAAAGAGGCAGAAGAACUUUGGAAGCAGGCAACUAGAAAUUAUGAAAAAGCUGUCCAACUCAAUUGGAACAGUCCUCAGGCACUCAACAACUGGGGACUUGCUCUGCAGGAACUCAGUGCAAUUGUUCCUGCACGAGAAAAGCAAACAAUUGUGAAAACUGCAAUUAGUAAGUUCCGUGCAGCAAUAGAGUUGCAAUUCGACUUCCAUAGGGCAAUUUACAACCUUGGCACUGUUCUGUAUUCAUUAGCCGAGGACACAACGAGAAUUGGGGGAUCAAGCAAUGCGAAAGAAGUUACCCCUAGUGAGUUGUACAGCCAAUCUGCAAUCUACAUUGCUGCUGCUCAUGCACUGAAACCGACUUACUCCGUUUAUGGUAGUGCCUUGAAGCUUGUGCGCUCCAUGUUGCCUUUACCUUAUCUAAAAGUUGGCUAUCUGAUGGCACCCCCUGCGGGGAAUUUAGUUUCACCUCAUAGUGAUUGGAAACGUACACAGUUUAUUUUGAAUCACGAAGGGCUUCAACAGCUUAAUAACGUUGAGCAAAGACAGAUGUCAAGAAGCCUUUCUGCCAAAUCAGGAGAUACAAUGAAUAUAAAUGGAUUGGCUAUUAGAGUAGAUGUUCCAGAUAUUGUCUCUAUAUCAGCAUGUGCUGAUCUGACUUUACCACCUGGUGCAGGCCUCUGCAUUGAUACAAUUCAUGGGCCAGUUUUCUUAGUAGCUGAUUCAUGGGAAUCCUUGGAUGGAUGGCUUGAUGCAAUCCGUUUGGUCUACACAAUCUUUGCACGAGGUAAAAGCGAUGUUCUAGCGGGCAUAAUAACGGGAUAAUUUUUCACAUAUAUUAUUGCACCAGCAACGGCAAAUUUUGUGUGUGGAUGAGUUGUGUUAUAGAUAUUGAGAUUGUUUGUUUAAAUAAGGCUCGUGUAUAUUAUUUAAUCUUUGUGAUAUCACCAGGUUUAGUGCUUCUUUCCUCUAGGUUUUAAUUGCUCAACUUUUUAAAAAUUUCUUUAUGUAUUUUUACUUGUAUUGCUUGCACGGAUGAGCUCGAACACCUUAUCGAUAGAAUUCUUGAAAUUAUUAUUAUUAUUUUUGUUGAAAUAUAUGUAGGUUGAUGAAUCCUUUACUUCA